AUGGAAGUAGCACAACAAUUUAUUCUGUCAGAAGACCUAACUGACGUCGAAACCGCCGGCCAAGGCCUCGAAUGCCUCGUCUAUAAAGCAACAAGUCCAACCUACGGCUCGGUUGUUCUCAAAGUACCAAGAGUCAAAGUUUACCAAAACGCCAAUGACUUCAGCGUUGAAGCCAAAGAUCUGAUCCAGCAAGAAAUGUACAUAUAUCGUCUUCUUCAGGAUGGGCCGGUUCCUGUGCCCAAGCCGUACAAGUACCUCGAACAAGAUGGAUAUCCGGCCAUGUUGUGCGAGUAUGUGGACGAUGAUGGAACAGAUGUCACUUUUGAGGAGAUGGGUCGUGUAGCAGCGCUGAUACAUUCUACACCCUUAUCUGAUCCUGUAUUCAAGACUAUCGCUUCAGAAAUCGUUUCGACAAUGGAACAGAGAAUGUUCAGAAGGAUCUGUAGGAAUGAGUCGCUGUGCCGAACAUCUGAGAUGGCAUCUUAUUUAGGCAGGUAA